ACAAUGCAAAGGAACAAAAGUUCCGGUCAUGUUUCCGGGGGAAUGUUUUUCCUGGCGGACAUCCCCCACUCAAUUUGUGUAUAAGGAAGCGAUCAACAUGCAGCUCGCUUGGAGAAGUCUAACAGAGUAAAAAAAGCGCAAGAUUUCAACAUGGAAGGGACUUCCAAAAGUGAUGAUGCAGCACAGCCCUCUGUCGCCGCUCAGGUUCCUUUCCUUCACCUGUGUAAUACUUUAGAGAAGAUCCAGAAGGCUAAACUCCGUCCAGACAAAUCAAAGAUCCUUGGCGACUUCAUUGGAUCAUGGAGGAAUUUUCAUUCUGCCCUCCACAAAGACAACCCCAACAGCACAGAUUCUUUCUACCCAGCAAUGCGCCUCAUAGUCCCCUCUUAUGAACGAGAUCGUAUGGCGUACGGCAUCAAAGAAAGCAUGUUGGCUAAACUCUACAUCGAUGUGUUAGGCCUCCCAAAGAAUGGCCCGGAAGCUAAUAAACUGCUGAACUACCGUGCUCCGACUACAUCCCAAGGAGAAGCCGGAGACUUUGCCGGCAUGGCGUACUUCGUCCUAAAGAAACGUUGCACCAGCGAGGGGAACCUCAGCGUCAAAGAAGUCAAUGACUUCCUGGACUCUGUGGCGAUCAACAACGCCACCAAGAAGAAGGAUCUCGUGAGAAAGAGUCUGCUGCACCUCAUCACCCAGAGCUCAGCCCUCGAGCAGAAAUGGCUCAUCCGAAUGAUUCUGAAGGACAUGAAGCUCGGGAUCAGCAAAGAAACUGUCCUCCAGGUCUUCCAUUUGGACGCUUCUGAGCUCUAUAAUGUCAACACGGACUUGAACAAAGUGUGCCAGCAGCUCCACGACCCCUCUGUGUCUUUAAGCGAGGUCUCUAUCGGGCUCUUCUCCGCUUUCAAGCCAAUGCUGGCAGCUGUGGCGAACCUGCGCAAUGUGGAGAAACAGAUGGGAAACAGCCCUUUUUAUAUUCAGACCAAGCUUGACGGGGAGCGUAUACAGCUACACAAAGACGGGGACGUGUACAAGUACUUCAGCCGGAACGCCUUCGAAUACACCCAGCAGUUCGGAGCAUCCCCACUGGAGGGCUCGCUGACACCGUACAUCCACAAUGUUUUCAAAAGCAAUGUCAUAAACUGUAUCCUCGACGGCGAGAUGAUGGCGUACAACCUGACCACCGAGAACUUCAUGCAAAAAGGAAGCAAAUUCGACAUCAAGAGACUCAUGGACGACUCAGAGCUACAGACCUGCUUCUGUGUGUUCGAUGUGCUGUUAGUCAACGACCGGAAGCUUGGCAAGGAAACGCUGAAGAAGCGCCUUGAGAUCCUUCAGACGGUUUUCACCCCGGUCAAGGGGAGGAUACACCUGGUGCCAAAGUCCGAUGCAAGGACCAUGCAGGAGGUGGUGAACGCCCUCAACGACGCCAUUGACAACAGAGAAGAGGGGAUCAUGGUGAAGGAUCCUUCAUCCGUCUACAAGCCUGACAAGCGCGGAGAGGGAUGGCUGAAAAUAAAGCCAGAAUACAUGGACGGGUUGAUGGAUGAGCUUGACCUGCUGAUUGUUGGUGGAUACUGGGGGAAAGGGAGAAGGGGUGGCAUGAUGUCCCAUUUCUUGUGUGCUGUUGCAGAAGCGCCAAAGCCUGGUGAGAAACCCACAGUUUUCCACACCCUCUGCCGCAUCGGCUCUGGAUACACCAUGAAGGAGUUGUACGACCUCGGUUUGAAGCUCGCCAAACACUGGAAAGUCUACAGGAAAAAUGACCCACCGUCAUCCAUCUUGUGCGGCACAGAGAAACCAGAAGUUUACAUCGAGCCCUGCAACUCCGUCAUAAUCCAGGUCAGGGCGGCUGAAAUAGUCGGAAGCGACAUGUACAAAACCAACUGCACCCUGCGCUUCCCCAGGAUCGAGAAGAUCCGCGACGACAAGGAGUGGCACCAGUGCAUGACUCUGGCAGAGCUGGAUCAGUUUCGCAGCAAGGCGUCGGGGAAGCUCGCCUCGAGGCACCUCCGCAUCGACGACGAUUCACCACAGAAGAAGAAGCGCAAGCUGGCGGCCAAACCCAAGAAGGUGAUCGGGAUCAUUGACCACUUUAAGCCUCAGGACCUCACCGGGGUUAAAAAGGAGACAGACAUGUUCGAGGAUGUGGAGUUCUGUAUCCUGAAUGGCACGGAGGAUCACCCCAAGGCUGAGCUGGAAAGGGGCGUGGCCAGGUGCGGAGGUAUUGUGGUCCAGAACCCAGGACCGGACACCUACUGCGUGGUCGCCGGCGUGGAGAACAUGCGCGUGAAGAACCUGAUCUCGUCCGACCAGCACGACGUGGUGUGGGCCGCCUGGCUGCUGGAGUGCCUGGACCAGAAGGAAGUGGUCCCAUGGCAACCGCGCCACAUGAUCCACAUGUCGCCCUCCACCAGGGAGCACUUCGCCAAGGAGUACGACAGCUAUGGCGACAGCUACUUCGUGGACACAGACGAGCAGCAGCUGCGGGAGGUGUUCGCCCGGAUCAGCGGCGCGGACGUGUCUACGGCCGUCGACGUCUGCCAGGUGGAGCAGCGUUACGGCUGGGAAGACCUUCCCACCAGCAUCUUCAGACCCUUUAAGGUUUACAUGGACAGAUUCGCAGACAUAGGAGAACCUCAAACCGCCUUACCUGCCACCUGUUUGGACGUCAGGGCGCUGGAGUUUCGCUACCACGGAGGGAGGGUGGUCGAGAGGCUGGAGGAGGGAGUCUCUCACGUCGUCAUCGCAGAGGAAACAAGACUUGUGGAUUUAAGGACGCUGAGGCGUCGCUUUAGGAAGAAGUUUAAGAUUGUAAGAGACUCGUGGGUGACUGACUCGAUCACAGCAGGCUACCUGAUGAAUGACACCGACUACUUAGUUUGAAGGGAAAGUUGACACUGGAGAGAAAUCCUCUUAUAGCUCGCAAGCUCUGACUUCAAGAUUAGCAAUAAACUAGAAAUAGAAAAAUAACAAUUCCAGAUGGAAUAAAACUGCACUGUACUUUACAGGGAUGCACUGUCUCAGAGGCUUCAUGCAAACUCAGUUAGUUUUAAUUCUGCGUUCUUAAUGCGUGAUUAAGGCUGCUUGUGGUUUUAAUAUGGUUUUAAAUCGAUACGCUGCUUUUAAAAUCAGGAAGGCCACGAUUGUUUUUUUUUGUUUUUUUCAAUUUUGAAAGUGUGAAUUUCAUUAGGAAGAACACUGCUUAACCUUUCAGCUGUCAUUGAAACGUCUUAUGGAAAGGAAAAUGGCUAUUCACUUUAUCAAAAAUGAGGGAUUUCAUUAAAAAAAAAAUACUGUUUGAUUUUAUGGGAAUGUGAAGCUUAGUUGUGAUUUUUCUGUGAUUUGUGAUGUGAAUAAAGGGGUGUUACUGCGCUGAGCUGCAGACCUCUAUAUGAUGUGUGCCUUAUUUUUGCCUUUAUGUUCAUUUACAUGCAAGUACAACUCUAAUAAAUACCUCGAAAUGGUUUAAAA